AAAGUAAAUAUCCAUUUUCAUAAUCGACGAAUGAAUAUAUGAAAAGAAAUCAAAUGAACAAAAAUGAUGAAGAAUAAUAAAAGCAAUAAUCAUAAACAUUAUCAUCAUUCUAACAAUGAUAAUGGAAGCAUCAAAUUCGAACGAAAUCGUAUCAAUCAACUUCAUGAAGAACGUAUAAGAGUUCAGAAAAAAACAUUUACAAAAUGGAUGAAUUCGUUUCUUCAAAAGGCCAAAAUGGAAAUCGACGAUAUUUUCGUUGAUCUUGCUGAUGGAAAAAAAUUAUUAAAACUUUUGGAGAUAAUUAGUGGAGAAAAACUUGGCAAACCGAAUAAUGGAAAAUUACGAGUACAAAAAAUUGAAAAUGUCAAUAAAUGUUUGGCAUUCUUGCACACUAAAGUCAAAUUAGAAAGUAUCGGUGCCGAAGAUAUUGUGGAUGGAAACAAAACACUCAUUUUAGGUCUUCUUUGGACAAUCAUUUUGCGAUUUCAAAUUCAAGAUAUUGAAAUUCAACUUGAAGAAGAUACAGAUAAAAAACAUUCGGCCAAAGAAGCUCUACUUCUCUGGUGUCAACGUAAAACCAAUGGCUAUCCUCACGCGUAUGUCACGGAUUUCACACAAAGCUGGCGUAAUGGAAUGGCUUUCAAUGCUUUGAUUCAUUCACAUCGUCCCGAAUUGAUCAAUUUUGAGAAACUAGAUCCGAAAAAUUCCAUAGAAAAUCUAAAUAAUGCUUUCAAAGUGGCUCAAGAAAAUCUAGCCAUACAACCAUUGCUUGAUCCAGAAGAUGUGGAUACGGCAAAACCAGAUGAAAAAUCCAUAUUAACCUAUGUGUCAUCGUAUUAUCAUACAUUUGCCAAAUACAAUUCUGAACUAAUCAGUGGUAAACGAAUUACAAACAUUAUUUCUCAAUUGAUGGAAAUCGAUCGUCUUCAGUUAAAUUACGAGCUUCUAACAACUAAUCUUCUCAACUGGAUUCAAAUGAAAAUUCAUCAAUUAGAUAAAAGAGAAUUUUUCAAUAAUUUGGAUCAAAUUCAACAUGAAUUUUCCAAAUUUAAAGAAUAUAGAACAGUAGAAAAACCACCUAAAUAUCGGGAACGAAGUGAAAUUGAAGCUUUAUUGUUCAACAUUCAAACCAAAAGGAAAGCAUUGGGUCAAGUUUUGUAUGUACCACCAGAAGGAAAAUUAAGCCAAGAUAUUCACAAAAGUUGGAUGGAUCUGGAAAAAGGCGAACAUAGAAAUGAAUUGAAAUUACGUGAAGAAAUGCGACGUUUAGGAAAAAUCAAUAACAUGGCUGAAAGUUUCUACAGAAAAAGCGAUAUUCGUAAAAGUUAUCUUGAUGAAAUGAUACAAGUAUUGAGCGAUGUUCGUUAUGGAAAUAAUCUAAGCCAAGUUGAAGCUACAAUCAAAAAACAUGAAGCAAUCUCUGCCGACAUUUUAUCGAGAAAAGAACGUAUUGAUUCACUGGCACAAAUGGUGGUUGAAUUGAAGAAAGAAAAUUAUUUUCUCAUUGACAAAGUGGAAAAUUUUUUCCGAGAAAUAAAACUUUCAUGGGAUAAAUUAAUAUCCGUACUAGAAAUGCAUCAAAAAAAUUUAUCGGUCGCUUCAAAUUUUAUGCGUACCAAAUUAGAAAUCGAAACAAUAGAUAAUGAAUUCCAUGAUAUAAUCAAAAGAAUUAGUAUUGAUUCAAAUGUCACUCAUCUACGUACUGCUGAAGAAUAUUUACAGACACAUAUGUUGUUGGAAGCACAAAUUGCAUCGAAUGAUGAAACAGUAAAACGAUUGACUAACAAUGCUAUCAAGUUGUUAGAACAAGAACAAGUUCAGCGAUCAGUUUUGUUACAAAAAGAAAUUCCCAAUCUUAAACAAAGUUUACAUUCAUUACAAAAAUCUCAUGAAACAUUAAAUCAUCAAUCAACAAUGAAGCGGCAAAAAUUGAUUAAACUUCGAGAUUUUUAUCGUUUAUUGCAAGAUCUCGAAGAAGAGGAAGCUACAUUAGCCGAAAAAUUAAACAUCUGUCAGGCAAUAUUACCUGGCAAAGAUUUGCUUGGUAUAAUUUCCUUACAACAAAAACAUAAUGUUUUCGAAGCCGAAAUCAAAACUCAUGAAGGAAGAAUCAAGAUAAUUGAAAAGAAAGCUCAAAAUUUCAUGGAAAACGAUUCGACGGAAAAUAAAUUGAUUCAAGAUAAAUUAGAAGCAUUGCAUGAGAUUUGGAAACAAUUGCAAGAAAUCAGUGCUCAUAAAUCAAAAGAAUUGGCCAUAAUCAUUGAAGCCUUUCAAUAUCAUGCUGAUGCUAAUGAAACAGAAUCAUGGCUCAAAGAAAAAAUGCAACUUGCUAGAUCCGAAGAUUAUGGCAAAGAUGAACAAUCCGCUCAAGCAUUGCUUCAACGUCAUAAUUUUCUUGAAAGUGAAGUUACCGCAUAUUCACAUGAAGUAGAACGUCUAAAUAGUCAAUCAGAAAAGAUGAUCGAUUCGGAUGUAGAAAGUUUGUUUCUUCUUGGAGCACAGUCAUAUUCAGUUGAUGAUCCAGUUGAUGAGCAAUUAACAGAGGAAACAAUCAAUGAUGAAGCAGAUAUGAUACGUGAAGUUUGCGAAGAAAUACCUCAAGUUUAUGUACUUUAUGAUUUCAAAGAUAAAAAUUGUCAUGUGAAAAAAGGCGAUGUUUUGCUUCUAAUUGCAAAAAGUACGCCCGAAUGGUGGAAAGUUUGUCGUGACGGCGUUCCCAAUGAAUUCUAUGUGCCAUCAAAUUAUGUCAAAGAAAUCGAACCGAAAACCAUUACAAAAUUUUUAGAAAAGCCGCUACAACAACCAAGAAAACUUUCAGCCAUAGUCAAAAGACGCCAUAGUAAACGUCGAUUAUCAAUUGUUUAUGGUGCUGAUACUGUUGAACAGCGAAAACUGUUGAUAAACACUAAUUACAAGAGAUUGGUGGAAUUAUGCAGAAUUCGACGAAAAUCACUUGAAGAUUCUGUAAAAAUGUUCGGUUUCAAUAGUGAAUGUGAUGCAUUCGAAAAUUGGUUGAAUGAUAUGGAGAACACUAUUCAAAAAUCCAUGAACCUAAACAAAGAACAGCAAAAUUAUACAACACCUGCUACUGAUCUGGGCAAACAAUUUGAUAAGAUGAUUACGGAUCUGUUGGCUAAUCGUGCUCGAUUAGAUGAAAUUAACAAAAUGGCUAACGAAAUGAAUUCAUCCAUGUAUAUGUCGGCAGUGAAAAAACGAAAAGAACAAAUCCAAAAGAAAUGGGAUCAAGUGAAUUUUCUACAAAAACAAUUGGGCAAAAAUAUAGAAGGUCUUACAUCAGUCGAAGUGUUUGAUGCCGCAUGUACCGAAACUCUUGAACGGAUAAACGAUAAAUUAGAAAAAGUUAAUGAUCAUUCUUUUGAUAUUGGUCAAGAUUUAAAAACAGCACAAGCUCUACAACGAAGACAUGAAAAUUUGGAACGUGAAUUAAUUCCAAUAACAGAUUCAUUGAAAAAAUUGAAUAUCAUCUCUGACAAUGUUAAAUCCUCUUAUCCAUUAGAAAAAUCUAGAGUUGAUAAACGUCUUGUUGAAUUGAAGCAAUUAUGGGAACGUUUGAAAAAAUGUUCAGAUGAAAAACGUUGUUGGUUAGAUAAGAUGAUUGGCUUACAAAUUGUUAGAAAUUCCACCAACGACAUCAAUGCCUGGUUAACUAGUUAUGCUAAACCAUUGUUACAAUAUGAUCCUAAUGAUCCUUCAUUCAAAAAUGUUGAAAGUCUUGAAGCCAUCACUAAAGAACACAAUGAUCUUUUGGUCGAUAUAAAAGGUAAAAGUAAUGACAUAGAAGAUUUAAGAAACUUGGCCCAAAAACUAAAAAGUCAAAUUGAUCCCAAUGAAUUUAUAAUUGUGGACGAGAUGUCACAAAAAUACGAACAAGUUCAUGAAGAAUGGAAUAAGAAAACUAAUUUUCUUCAACAAUGCUUUGAUGUAAAUACCUUCAAUCAGGAAGCCGAUCGAAUCGAUACAAUCAUCAAUUCUGAUUUGACAUUCUUGGAAUUUGAUGAUGUUGGUAAUAGCUGUCAAGACAUUGAUGCAUUAAUCAAAAGACACGAAAGAUUUGUAGACACACUCAAUGCACAAGAUCAACGCAUCUAUAAUUUCAUUGAUUUUGGAGAUAAAUUGAUCCAAAACAAUCAUUUUGAUGCCGAAAUUAUCAAAGAGCGUCAGAAAAAAAUAAAUGAACGUCGAAAAACGCUCAAAGAUAAAGCAUUCCUGCGGCAAAAAGUUCUAAAAGAUGCUAAAGUGUAUCAUGAAAUUAAAAGUGAUGCCGAAGAAUUUUCGAAUUGGUGUCAAAGUAAACGAAAUCAAGUAAAAGAUCUUUUUGAUGGCAAGGAAAAUCUCAGAAAUGAGGUCACCAUUGAAAGAAAAUUGAAAAAACAUCAAACGCUAACAGCUGAAGUUCGAGCACAUCGCAUUCAAAUGCAAAAAAUUUUGAACGAUCUUACUGAUUUGAAUCGAAAUUCACAUUUGAUCUCUACCGAAGAAUUGGAUGAAAUUGAAAGAAAAGUCAAGGAUGAAUGGAUCGAUUUGAACAAUCUGAUUGAAGAUAAUGAAAAAUUGAUGUCUCACAUUUCUGGAAAAAUGGAAAGAAAAAAGUCAUUGCAAACAAUGCAAAAUCGUAUUGAUGAAAUUCAAAUUGAAAUUAAUUCUGAUGAAACGCCAAUUGAUCGAAGAACAUGUAAAAAACUUUUACAGAAAAAUAAAUUGAUCGAAAAAGAAUUGGCUACAUUAGAAAAUAAAGUAUACAAUACAAAAACCGAUCGAUCGACCGAUGCCAUCGAUAGUGGAAACACUGAUGAUGGUAAUGAUAAUCAACAAGAAGAUGAUCACGAUUAUAAAGAAUUAAAAUCUAAAAUAAUCAACUUAAAAAAACCGUUAAACAAACGGAAUCAACAUUUAUUACAGUUGAACGAAUAUUUUCAAUUUGAAUUUGAUGCUAAUGCCCAGAUCCAAUGGAUUAAGGAUCGAAUCAUUCUUGUAUCAUCUACUGAUGUGCCACAAAAUUUGACUGAUGCUCAAAAUUGGUUGAAAAAAAUUGAACAAAACUUAAAAAACGAAGUACAUGCUCAUGAAAUUCAUGUGAACUCAAUUCUUGCCAAAGCAGAUGAAUUUAUUGCCGAUAAUCAUAUUGAGAACGAAAAAAUAAAAGCAAUAUCUGAAGAAUUGGGCUCUAAUUGGAAACAAUUGUUAGAUUUAAUGGAUGCUCGUAUUGAAAAAUUAAAAGUCUAUUUAAAAAUGCAUCAAUUUUUAUCCGAUUGCAAUGAAAUUGAAUCCUGGUUAAAUGACAAGAUCAAUAUUUUGAAUAAUCCUAUCUAUGGAAACGAUGAGGUCACAUUGAUCAAAUUGUUGCAAAAACAAAAAUCAAUAGAUCUAGAAAUUGAUACUUAUGCUGGACUGAUUGAUGAACUAUUAAGACAAUCGGAAGAUUUAAGUUCAACCGUAAAAAAUGAACAUGAGCAAAAAUUACUGAAAACACGAGCUCAAGAUUCGAAUGUUCAAUUGAAAAAAAUUCAAAAAUUGGCUAAUGAACGUAAUCUGAAUCUGAUUGAUUUGAAGCAAUUCUAUGAAUAUUGUCAAGAAAGCAACGAUUUUCUUGAAUGGCUACAGAAAAAACAACAAAUCUUGUCAAAUGAAGACUAUGGAAAAGAUUACGAACAUUGUAUCAUAUUACAAGCAAAGUUUUUCGAUCUAAAACGCUUGAUUUGUGCCAAUGAAGAACGAUAUAAACAAUGUAUGGAAAAUGCAAAACGUUUCAAACGAAAUGAUGAUCAUCAUUUUACAACCAAUAGUGAAACAAUAACAGCAACAUGGCAAGAAGUAAUGAAUUUAUUGCAAGCCAAAGAACAGAAAUUUAUAGCUGCAGUAAAGAUACAUCGAUUCAAUCGAGAUGUUGCCGAUGCUUACGAAAGAAUUCAUGGAAAACAUGCCAUUCUUAAUAAUCAAGAUUAUGGCCGUGAUUGCCAAUCCACGCAAAAUCUUAUUCGUAAUCAUGAUGUGUUUGAAAAUGAUUUGGUGGCUUUAGAAGCUCAAUUGCAAAUUUUGAUAAAUGAUAGCGUUAAAUUGAAAGCCGCUUAUCCGGGAGGCAAUGCCAAACAGAUCACUGAAAAACUUAAAUCAGUUUUGGAUUAUUGGGAAAAGCUCAAAGAUUCAAGCUUAUUUCGGCGACAAAAACUAUGCGAUACUUAUGAAUUUUAUCGUUUCGUUUCGAUUGUACGAAAUUUGGAGCAAUGGGCCUCGAAUCUAAUUAAUGAAAUGAAAAUUAAUGAUGAUCAAAUUUCAAAUGAAUUAAAUAAAAAUGAUAACAUUAUUCAUGUCGACAAAGCACAGAAUGCCAAAAACAUUCAUGAAAGAAUCAAAUCAGAGAUUGAUGCACGUGAAGAAGAAUUCAAUAUUUUAGUGCAAGAUGCCAAUAAAUUAACAAAAAAUCCAUUUUACAGUCAAAUUAAAGAACAUACGGAAAAAUUGUUGGCAACACGUGAUCAACUCUAUAAUACGUGGCAAGUUAAAGAUGCCGCAUUAGAUCAAUUGUUAGAUUAUUGUAUAUUUUCUCGUGAUGCAAAACAAUUGGAACAAUUGUGUCAACAAUUCAAAAAUCGUCUUGAAACAACGGAAGAAGGACAAACAGUGGAAGAAGUGGAUCGUAAUCUCAAGAAAUUUGAUGAAUUCGUAAAACUUUUUGAAUCACAUGAACAGAAAUUUAACGGAUUAAAAGAGUGUAAAACGAAAUUAAUUGAAAAAAAUAAUAAUCAUUCUGACAAAAUCAAAAUAAGAUUUGAAGAUUUAUUGGCGAAAAAGACAAAACUGUGGCAAAUAAUUUUGUCCAAAAGAGAUCAACUUUCUGAUGAUUUAAUUUUUGCCCAAUUCACCCGUGAUGUUAUUGAAACAGAUUCAUGGAUUGAUGAGAAACGAAUUCAAAUUGAACAAAUUUCUUUAAGAGAUAAAAAUAAUGAUGAUAUUGAAACUAAAUUGAAAAAACUUCAAAAACAUCAAGCUCUUGAAGCUGAAAUCAAUGCCAAUACAUCACGUAUGACAGUGAUUAAAAGCAAAGAAAAACAUUUAAUCUCGAAAAAUCAUCCCAAUUCUAUACAAAUUCGUUCACAAUUUGACAAUCUUUUAAAAAAAUGGGAAGAACUGAGAACGCUAAGCAAAGAUAUUUUUGCAGGAUUCGAAGAAGCAAAAGAUAUCUACGAAUUUAACAAAAAUGUUGGCUUAGUCGAAUCAUGGAUUCGUGAAAAAGAAUUGAUGAUACAAUUCAAUGAUACUGGCGAAGAUUAUGAACAUUGUACAGCCUUGUUGAAAAAAUUGGAUGAUGUUGGUACAGGAUUGAAAGUAGAUGAAGAUGAAAUUCAUCAAAUAAAUCAUUUGGCUGAUAAAUUGGUCAAUCAAUGUAAAAAUGAAAACCAGGUUGAUGAAAAACGAUUAGCUUUGAAUGAAAAAUGGAAACAAUUACAACAAAAAAUCGCAAAUUAUCGACAAAGAUUGAUCGAUGCAUUAGAAAUUCAUUCGCUCAAUCGCGAUCUAGAUGAAGUUAAUGAACGUGUGAUCGAAAAACAAUUGCUUGCGUCCAAAGAAUGUGAUGCCAAAAAUCUAUCAUCUGCGGAAAAUGAACAACGAAAACACAUAUCACUUUGUUAUGAUAUUUAUGGAAUCGAUAAUCAUUUUAAAAAUAUAAAUGAUAAUGAUGUUCGACGAUUGAUUGGAAAAAAUCCCGAGCUUAUGGAAAAAUCACGGACAAAAAUUGAAAAUAUUCAAGAUAAUUUAAGAAAAUUGUCACAAGAAUGUAGCACAAAAGAUGAAAAACUUAAAUUCAUAGUGAAAUUGCACAAAUUUUUUGAUUUAAUCAAAGAAUAUGAAAAUUGGGCAAACAUUAUUUUGACCAAUAAAUUAUUCAAUACAUUCACACCAGAAAAUAUUUCACAGACUGAAAGUGAAUUGCAAGAUCAUGGAUAUAUCAAGGAUGAAUUGGUAGCCAAAAAACAAAACAAUAAAAAUCUAAAAGAAUACGGGCUAAACUUGCUACACGAAUUGAAACAAGAUGAAAGAGAAAACCAAUCACAUAUUCAGAAAAUACAAGAAUGCAUCGAAAAAAAUGAUGAAUUGCGACGAAAAUUAGACCAAGCUUGGGAAGACAAAAGCAAUUACCUAAAACAAUGCAAACAAUUGCUUAAGUUCAAUGACUUAUACAAGCAGUCCGAUUCUUGGUUAACCUUGAAAGAGGCGUUCCUAACAAAUGAAGAUCUGGGAUCAAAUUUGACUACCGUGGAAGAUUUACUUAAAAAACAUGAUUCAUUUGUUCAAUCGUUUGCCGGACAGCAAAGAAUAAUAGAUUUAUCAACAUUCGCUCAAGAACUUAUGGAACAGAAACAUUUUGAUUUGCAUAAUAUACAGAUGAAACAUAGUGAAAUUUUGGAAAGACGCGACAAAUUGUUUGAAUCGGCAAAGAUUCGUAAAUGUAAACUGGAAGAUUCUAAAUUGUAUUUUAAUUUUCUACGAAGCUACAAUGAGAUUCAUGGCUGGCUUACAGAGAAGAUUAAAGUGGCCAAUGAUGAAUCAUAUCUUGAUUCCAUUAAUUUAUUGUCGAAAAAACAAAAGCACGCAGCAUUUGAAGCCGAAAUUAAUUCGAAUAAAGGGCGAAUUGAAGAAUUGAUAAAUGAAGGCGAAAAUCUAAUCAACAAUUCACAUUUUUGUUCCGAAGAAAUCAAAUCAAAUUUGGAUACUAUCAAAAAAUUAUAUCGUCAACUGGAUGAAAGUGCUUCAUUCAAACGUAAUCGUCUCAAUGAAGCCUAUCAAGCGUUACAAUUUUUCCGCCUUUGUGACGUUCUCUUAUUGUGGAUCAAAGACAUUGAAGCAAUUCUUAACGAUCCUGAUAACGGAAAAGAUCUGUCUAGUGUUCGUAACUUGCUGAAAAAACAUCAAUUACUUGAAAACGAUGUACACAAUCAUAAUGAAAAUAUUGAAAACAUCAAAGAUCAAAUGGCACAUUUUGAACAAAGUAAUCAUUUUCAAAUAGAUGAAAUUGAAGAAAAAGGUAAUCAAGUCAUUAAAUGUUUUAAUGAAAUUCAAAAACCAAUCAAUCGUCGUCGUGAGACACUCGAAGAAUAUCUUACAUUCUUUCAGUUUAAAAAUGAUGUUGAACACGAAUUUUUCUGGAUCAAAGAAAAAGAAAAUCAAUUGAAUCAAUUCGAUAAUGCUAAUUCUGUGCUAGAUAUACAACGAUUGAUCAAACGACACAAAAUGCUGGAAUCUGAAAUUCAAACAAGAGAAAUUCAACUGAGUGCUCUUGUUUCUAAAGGACAUAGCUUGUUGAAAGCAGAAAGUUCCAAUUUUGAAGAAGUCAAAUACUUGACCAAUGAGCUACAGAAAAACAUUCAGUAUAUAAAAGACGCACUUGCUCUGAAGCGAAUACAUUUAAUCGAUUCAUUGGAAUCGCAUCAAUUUUAUUCGGACAUUACUGAAGCUGAAAGUUGGAUUAAUGAAAAAUUUUCAUUUUUGUUAAAUGAUGAUAAUGGCCGCGAUGAAGAAUCUGUAUCGAUGUUGUUGAAAAGAUUGGAAGCAAUCAGCAGCGAAUCUGAACGUUUCAAUUCUACUUUAAUGACCAAAUUGAUUCAACAAUCGAAACAAUUGAUUGAUAAAAAUCACAGUGAAAGUAAUGAGAUCCAACAAAAACUGGAUGGUCUGGUUGAUAAAUUUGAUCAAUUAUCUCAAGGAAUUUUGAAGAAAAGACAAACUUUAUCAGAACGUAGCCUAUAUUUCCUAUUUGAACGUGAAGCUGAUGAAUUAAUUUCAUGGAUCAAAGAUCAGCAAAUCAUAGCCAAAUCUGAAGAUUAUGGACAAGAUGUUGAACAUGUCGAGAGCCUGAUCCAGCAAUUCAAUACGUUCAUUUCAUUUAUAAUGUCAAACCAAGAACGUAUAAAAUCAUUGGAAAAACAAGCUGAAAAUGUUACAAAUUCCGAAGAAAAAUUGAAUGAAAUACAAUCUUUAUGGACUCAACUCAAAGAAAUUGCUGCCCGUCGACAAGAAUUAUUACAAAGCGCCGAAGAAGUUCACCGUUUUGAUCAAAGUGUUGAUGAAACAAUCUAUUGGAUACGUGAAAAAAAAUCAAGCACAAUAUUCGAUGAAGUCAACUCGAAAUAUGAUGAUAUCAACACUAUUAAGGCGAAAAUUCAUCAGUUAGAAGGAUUUGAACGUGAUCUGAAUGCUGUGCGUGAACAAGUUGAAACAUUGUUCAUCGAAGCAGAUAAAUUGAUCGAUUCAUUCGAAAAUGUCAAAGAUCAGAUUCAAGAACGCAAAACGGAAGUAAAAGAAGUUUGGGAUGAUCUCAAUAUGAAGACAAAAUUACAAAAAGCAACUUUAAUUCAAAUUGAAAAUAUUCAAUCAUAUUUCGAUCAUUAUAAGGAAUUAUUGACAUGGAUAAAUGAAAUUCAAGCAUUGAUAACUGCUGAUGAUAAACUUGUUUCGGAUGUUCUUGCCGCCGAACAACAACUUUCAAGGCAUCGAGAAUAUGAAACAGAAAUCAAAUCGAAAAAUGAAAGUGUUCAGGAAUUUUUGGUUACUGGUGAAAAAAUCAUUUCUCGUGGACAUAUCAUGUCAAAAGAAAUAGAACAAUGUAAUGAAAGGAUCAAAAAUGCAUAUGAUAAUUUGCUACGAACUUGGGAAAAAAGAUUUACAUUGUAUGGAUAUAAUCUUGAUGCCCGUCAGUUUGUUCGCGAUGUUGAGCAGAUGGAAAAAUGGAUCAAAGCUAGUCACAAUUAUAUUGAUGAUAAUAAUUUUGGCGAUUCUAUUGGUGAAGUUGAAGAUUUGUUGCUAAAACAUGAAGAAUUUGAAAAAACAAUUUCAGCACAAAUGGAAAAGUUGAAUAAAAUUGAAAAGAUAACUUUGAUGGAGAAAUAUUUCGAGGCUCUUAAACGCGAAGAAGAAGAACAAAGAACAGCUGAAUUAUUACGACAAGAAAAAGAGAAAAGAAUGGAAGAAGAACAGAAACGGAUUCUUUUUCGACGUAGUAAUGAGGAAUCGAAAUAUUAUGAAAACGAAGCUAACAAAAGUAAAUCAAUGUCAUCGAAACAUUCAUCCAAAACACCCAGAAGAUAUGCAAGUUUUUCGUUUGUGAGAAAAUCAACCAAAAUACAACCUCUCACACCGAAUUUACCACAAUUUUCUUGUAAAGGUUUCUUGGAACGUAAACAUCUAUCAGAACCGGGUGGAAAAAAAGCCGAAUCUCGAACCUGGAAGACUUAUUACACUGUUCUUUGUGGUCAUUUGUUAUGUUUUUUCAAAGAUAAAAAUGCUUUCAAUAAGAAUUCGGCUGCUUCGGCUCCACUCUCCAUAUUGAAUGCUAAAUGUGAAAAAACCGAAUAUAAGCAUAAGAAACAUGUUUUCAGCAUUGAAUUAACUAAUAUGAGCAAAUACUUAUUUAUAACUACCGACGGAGACCGACUUAAAGAAUGGAUCAGUGCCAUUGCUUUUCGAGCUUCACUUACACCUUCCGAUCAAUUGAUUAUACCUUCAUCAUCAUCUACUGAUCUAGGUUCAUCACAAAAUGGAGCCCAUGUAUCAGAUAGUUCAUCAUCAAGUCAUAAAUCAUCAUUAUCAUCAUUGCCUGAUAUUCAUCAUUUAAAUAAUGAUAAUUCACCCCAAUCAGUUAAUCAAGUGGAAAUCAAAUCCACUGAUAACAACAAUCAAAAUGAUUUGAAUGAUGAGACAAAUUCUUCUGAUGAUAAAAAAUCAUAUUUUCCAUCACCUGAAGCAUCACGACCAAAAAUCAGUAAAUAUGGUAGCUUACCAGUAAACAUGGUGCCCAUAAAAGAGGAUUCCAUUUAUGCAAAAGAUGAAGAUCAUUCAACAGGAUUACCAACGAUGAAAAGUUUCGAUGGUGAUAUUGGUUUAAAUAAUGAAAAAACAAAAAAACGUAGAAGUUUCUUUAAACGUUCUCGAUAAGAAAUUUAUUGAUAAUAUAAUCAUUCAAAUAAUCGUUUUUAUUUCAUCAUUAACAGAAUAAUUCUUUAUAUAUUUAUA